AUGUCUACACUUCUGCACUUUCUCCUACUACAUGUAUUCAUAGAGGUUGUUGUUAGAUAGAAAUGGGAGUUCCCUCUUGACUAAAGACAAGAAAGUCAACAAGACUUGAAGAAGCCCUGCAGCACAGGUUGAGCUCAACAUGCCAAAAGAGAUGACAUAACUGUCUGACACACGUUGUUUCAGUGAAUGGCAGCUUAACUCAAUGAACCACAUUGUGUCCGUGAUUGGCAGCAGAUAAAUAAAGGACAAGUAUCUGUGAAACCAUAGCAAGAUCUAGGAAUGUCCUACCAACACACCCAGAGCAGGGCACACCGGGUUUGACAGCAGACAGCGGAGGUGAACAGACACACAUGCCUGACUUGAAGAUGAUGCUGCUCAGCCUUGCGGUCCUCUCCCUCCUCGUAACGCCAGGGCUGUCACUAAGCUGCUACGUGUGCAGCUCUGCGGCCACCAAUGAAGAAUGCAACAACAACAACACCACCCAGGAGUGUCAGCCGUUGCUUGACAGGUGCAUGACUAUCGUCAACAUUUUAGGCUCUACCAAAGUCAUAGUGAAGUUGUGCGCCAGUAGGGCCACAUGCAAUGGAGCUGCUGCGACCGCCUCAGUCGACGAAAACGGAAACGGAAACAUCGUCAACUGCUGCAACACCCAUAACUUGUGUAACUUCGGCGGAGCCGAGUCCAUCCACGUACACACAGCACUGCUGCUCUUAACUGGAGGUGUAAUGUUACUGCUGUUACGCUGACAUCAGUGGGAUAUGCUGAGGGAGUUACACUGCUGCUCUGUAUAGAAAAGUGUUUUGAUAAACGUCUCUAAGUCUG